CCGCCCAGUCAGCUGUGCCGUUAAGUGUCCCUAGCUUAGCCAGCCGACAGAAAAAUAAAACACAAGCUAUUUUUGGUUUUACAUUAUGGAUAAGAGCGCCACGCGAUACAAUGUACAGCUAUAUAUUUAUGAUUUAUCGCGAGGAAUGGCCCGCAGCCUCAGUCCUAUCAUGUUGGGAAAGCAGCUGGACGGUAUCUGGCACACAGCUAUAGUGGCAUACGGUGAUGAAUUCUUCUUCGGAGGGGAGGGGAUCUCCAGCUGUUCACCGGGUGGGACGAUGCUCGGCCCUCCAGACACAGUGGUAGAGCUGGGAGAGACGGAAGUGUCAGAGGAGAUCUUCAUGGAUUACCUCUCUUCCCUGGGAGAAAGCACAUACAGAGGUGACAGGUAUCGUCUGUUUGAGCACAAUUGCAACACCUUCACCAACGAGGUGGCUCAGUUCCUGACGGGCAGGUCCAUCCCCUCCUACAUCACCGACCUUCCAUCCGAGGUCCUCUCAACACCGUUCGGCCAGAUUCUGCGGCCCAUCCUGGACUCGAUCCACAUCGCCCCUCCUGGAGGUAACGUCAUCAAUGGAGGCAGGAACGUCUAACCCCGAGGGGGCAGCAGAGUCGCCGAGUGUUCGCAAAGGUCACUUCCAUUGUAGUCUUUCUUUGUUUUAUUUCUGUACAUAAGUAACACACAAGCACUGAAGCUGAUGGUGUUUGUAAGCUAUGACUGAUAUCUGAUCCGUUAGUCCUGAAAAUUCCUAAUUUAAAUAUAAUUUCCUGCUUAAAAUCCAGUUGGUUUAUGAAUACUAUUCAGCUGACUUAAAUGAAUGUUGCCUUCUUAGAAAUACAUCUAUGUAAAGUCAUAUAUCCAUUUAAAGGGGCACUAUGAAGUUUUGGUAAUAUUUACAAUAUUAAUGAAGUAAUGAUACAAACUCAAAAAUAUACUUUCCAGAACUGAAUAAACAAGCUUUUCUCUGAGAGAAAUAAAGUCCACAAAAUACUGUUUUUAUUUGCCAGAGCCUGCCACCUUUCUAGCUAUAAAGUAAACAGUAUGACAUUGCGUUGUUCAUUAAGGUCAGUUUGUUUAUUCAGUCUUGAAAAUGAAUCAAUAAAGAUCUUUCUCUUCUGAUUAGACAUUCUUCUCCAAAACUACAUAGUUCACCUUGAAAGAAGUUAAAUGUAAAAAGAUAUAUUUAGAUUUGGUGCAACCCAACUGAAUUGAUUCUUAAUACACAAUAACAUAGAUAUUUCACCACAUUUCAAGGGGCACUGUGUUGUUUUGGUGAAGAAAUUUAAACUCAAAGUUUUGAUAUAUUUACAGUAUUAAUAGGGUGAUAAAACAAACUUAAGAAUAUACAUUUUUUUAAACUGAAUAAACGAACUGUUCCCAGAAGAAUAUAAGGUCCCCAGAACCCUGUUUGGAGCUAGAAAGUUGGCAGCGUCCGCCAGAUGUAAACAAAGUAAAACGGCAUGAGACCAUGUUGUCCUUUAAGGUCAGUUUGUUUAUUCAGUUUGUACAGUCAAUGAAACAUAGAGAGUCUUUCUCUGCUGAUCAAAUUUCUACCCCAAAAACUUUCUACUCCACAGCAUUAAUCCAAUAGCUGUAAUUAAACCACAUACAACAUUUAAAUACCUCUUGCACAUUAGUGCAUCCAGCUUAUUUAGUACUUUUGUAGAAAAUACCCCUUUACCUUUUUAAGCUGGGUCCUUCCAGUAUUACAGUUUUAAUUUAAUCCAGAUUUUAGUUCGUCACUUCAGUUAUUUAAUAAGGAAUUAAGCUGUUGUUCAUCACAUAUCAGGUUUCACACAUGGUUUCUGCUGUGCGGCUGACUACAAUGAAAUUAAUCUUAGCGUGCUCUUUUGCAUAGAUGUGUUUAAUAUAUUCAAUUCAAUGGAUGCUGAACGAUGGAAAAUAUGAUGGUCUUGGAGAGUCUUUUAAUGUCAAUCAUAUUUAAAUUUUGCACUUUUAUGAUUUGUUUUAAUUACAUAUUUUUUUGUUACUUGUCAGCCUGUAGUUUAAUUUCCCAUCAGUGAUCCUUUUAUGCCUGUAAUAUUUGUCUUUACUGUUUCUGUUGAACUCCUCUGUGUUCGCCUACUUAACCGAACCAUAUAUAUUAUCAUUCCAUUUGUAAUACGACAUACAGCAGGUGAUUGAUGCCACAGAGUUUAUACAAUUUAGAGUGAUAUAAAAGUGUCUCUAUAUCAGGACUGGGAUCAGUUCAUUAUAAAUACAGUUAUUCCUGUGUAUAUGAAAGUUGACAUUUGUUGAUUACAAAAGUGUGUGUCACAAAGGGCAAGAAGACAACACAAGGAACAGUUUCAAGGUGAUAUAAUAUCAUUUUCCAGACAAUCCUUGUCCUUUUAUAAAGGUUUUUGACAACAAAACAACAAUUUUCUUGGUUGGAAAUAUCCAACAAUGUAGGCUCUUAUAUAAGUGAACUGUGUCACAGCCCUGUUAUAUGACAUAAGUUGUGCCUCUUGGCCUGUGUUACCAGCUCCACAGGGAGAUCAUCUUGUUAUACAAUGUUUUUGAAAUUUCAGUUGCCAUGUGGGUAAUUCUAAACAACUGCACAUCCACACUUUUUUUUAAAACAUAAAGUUGACCAUAUGCUGUACUGUCAACUUAAUAACAACCUGCUUGAGUCCUUUAACAGCCACCAGAGAGUGUUUGAUAUACAAUACACCUCUGUGCCUUCAUUUCCCUCCGCUUGGCUACAGUCACACUGUUGGGAGUUGGCAUGGUUAUCGUAUAGCACAGAUGGUAACUUCCUGUGCAGUCCGCAUUCAAAAUCCGGUAGUUAGUUUACUGCAUGAAGGUUGAGAGUGAAAGUGAAAUAGACGAAAAGGCACCCUCAGCUCGCUGAUAUUGACCAUGCGACACAUGCCACGAAUCAAAUUCUGCAGGAAACUGUAAGAAACAGUUGAAAGCGGUUGAAAGUAUCCCAGAUCCAACACUCACAGCCUUUAAUAUAACACAUUACACCCUGCGCUCUGCCAACAGAAAGAACAAAUUGUUGUGUAACUUAAUAUAAGAUGUAGCUCUCAUGCUUUAGGGGUUACCUGAUUAAGACAGUGUUACCCUCACAAACCAUAUUAAACCUCAUGAGCCUGAACAGAGUGAAGUUGAAGAAAGAAGCACAGAAAAACAAGAAGUCACUUAACAAAGAACAUUUUUAUCAUAACCAGCAUUAAUAAAGGGUACAUUUAUAGUUAAUAAAACUUUGGUUAAUAGCAGUUUGACUGUUAUUAAACAUUAAAAUGCCUUUUAAACCAUG